UGACAUCAACACGUCGAGUCUGAAGACCCCGGAAAGAAGGAAGAAACAAGGAAGAGAAGUUAGCUAACAGCAGUCAAGGCUACAUCUGCUGCUCUGCUUAACCUGUGCUCUCUGUCCGCCUGCAUUCACAGCAAAAUGCCUGAAAUACAGACACCAAGGAUUCAAGCCACUGACACCAGUGCUAGCGAUGGACUGGAGGGGUUCAAGGCCCACGCUGUGUUCCAGGAAAUCAACAAGAAGCUUCAGGAGGAUGGGGAGCAGUUUGUGAAGAAGAUUGGAGGAGUGUUUGCCUUUAAAGUGAAGGAUGGCCCCAAUGGACAGGAGGCGACUUGGUUUGUGGAUGUAAAAAAUGGAAAAGGCUGCGUUCACAACGACACCGAUAAGAAAGCAGAUUGCACCAUUUCCAUGUCAGAUACAGAUCUGUUGGCCAUGAUGACGGGGAAGAUGAAUCCACAGACUGCGUUUUUCCAGGGCAAACUGAAGAUCACAGGAAACAUGGGUCUGGCCAUGAAGCUUCAAAGCCUGCAGCUGCAGCCGGGCAAAGCCAAGCUGUAGACGGGAUGCCGACACUCGCUGUAGCUGCACUUCUCAACACUGAAUAGAGUAAAAACCACAAAGUAUUUAACAGCAAGCCUGAUUUCAGAUAAAGGUCCGUAAGAAACUGUCAUCACUGGACUGAACCACUUUUCCUCUUAGCGACGUCACAGACUGACCAGGAGUCAGCAGCCCCACCAAUCUAACUGGAGAAUAUGAUAGAUGGACAGAUAAUUAAUUCUCUAAUCGAGUCCCUGUGUGCAGGCCUUCUCCUGAGUAGACACAGGUGCUCCCUACUUUGUGAUACUAAUUCAGGUUAUGUCCAGUUUUCAAUAACCUUCCAUGCUAAUGAAAUCUUUAAAUGUAUUAUGUCUGGAAAUGUUUUGAGUAGAGCAGAUGGCUGUCAUUUUCCACAAUCAUGGACGCAACAGUCUAAGUGCCUCCUCGCCUCAGAAACAUAGUCAGCAGAUAGAAAUGUUUUUCACUGUGGCUGCCCAAUGUUUUAAUGGACGGGGUUGUCAUUUUCUGCUAUAAUUAUUGUAUAAAACUCUAAAAGAUUUCUACUAAAUAAAUUUGUCUUUGCAGGGUG